AUGGUGAUCACAUUGGUCGUCACAUUGAUUCAUGGUAUCCUAAAUAUCCAUAAUUUGAGUGGAUUGGCUGUGUUGAAUCAAGUGAGCGUAUUCUGGUCAUGCGCUGGUCUGGCCGUGGUGAUGCUUGUACUCUCUGUGGCGGCUGAACAUCGCCAAUUCAAUUGGGUGUUUACGGAUUAUGAAAACAAGACGGGUUUCGACAGUCCGAUCUAUGUGUUUAUGUUGGGCAUGAUCGGAGCCGCGUAUUCUUUAUUUGGAUGUGAAUGUGCGGCUUCAGUCAAUGAGGAAACACAGGAUGCCGAUAUUGCUUCUCCGUGGGCAAUGACGAUGUCGAUUGUCACGGCAUGGUUCGUAGGUCUCAUAUUUUUGAUCAGUCUGUUGUUCUCCAUUCAAGAUAUGGAUGCGAUUCUAAACACAGAGUUACACAUGCCAGUGGCACAACUGUUUCAGGACGCCGUGGGACUUUGGGCAGCCAUUGCCUUCUUGAUACUGAUGGUGACAUGUCAAUUUUGCACGGGAGCCACCACAGUGACCGUGGCGUCUCGUCAGAUUUACGCCUUAGCCAGAGAUAAUGCCGCUCCCAUGAGUCCGUUCCUGUAUGCACUCAAUCAUCAAAAAAUACCCGCCAAUGCGAUUUGGAUCACUACCGCGCUCACUUCCAUGGUUGUCUUGCCUUUUCCAUUGUCCGAACAUGUCUUUGAAACCAUCGUCAGUGCCGCUACCGUGGCAAUCCAUUUAGCUUAUGCGCUGGUGCUGGGUUGUCGCUUGGGCGUCUCCAUUGAACGACAAGGUCGAUUUUCCCUUGGACGAUACUCCACACCCAUCACAUGGAUAGGAUUUUUGUGGGCGACUUAUGCUAUUUUCGCUUUUAUGUUACCGACGGCAUGGCCCAUUGAAGCAAAUAACGCCAAUUAUGCUGGUCUGGGUCUUUUCAUAGUGGCGGGUACAACGUAUUGCUUUUGGUUAGGAUGGGGCCGGUUUCAUUACGUGGGACCGACUGUAAUGAAUGACGCUACUGACUUAUAG